CAAGCAAUUAAUCAAUAUCAGAUUAUACUUUUCAUCAUGGAGCUUAAAUUUCUAUCCUUUUCUGUAUUAUUCACUACCCUUAUCUUUAUCCUCACAGCAUUAAAAAUCUGGAAGAAAUCAAAAUUUUCCGAUCUUCCUCCAGGGCCAUGGAAGUUGCCUCUCAUAGGAAACUUACACCAGCUUGCAUUAGCAGGCUCGCACCCUCAUCGUUGUCUUCGAGACUUCGCCAACAAGUUCGGAAGCGUUAUGCGGCUUCAGCUUGGCGAAAUUACCAUGUUCGUCGUCUCAUCGCCGGAUUCUGCUAAACAAGUGAUGAAAACUCAUGAUAUUGUCUUUGCUCAAAGACCUUUUGUUUUGUCUGUCGGAAUUAUAACUUACAAUUUUACGAAUAUCGCCUUUUCUCCGAAUUCCGACUACUGGAGACAGCUCCGAAAGAUUUGUAUCACUGAAUUAUUAAGCCCGAAACGCGUUCAGUCAUUCAGAUCAAUCAGAGAAGAGGAAAUGUCUAAUCUGAUUGCUGUAAUUUCUUCUUCUUGCGGAAAACCAAUUAACUUGACUCGGAAGAUAUUUUCUUUAAUAUACGGAAAUACUGCCAGGAUUUCUUUCGGCAAGAAAUGUAAAGACCAAGAGGCGUUUAUUUCUGUAGUUGAUGAAAUUUUAGAGGCGGCUUCAGGAUUUGGUGUCGCGGAUUUGUUUCCGUCGUUUAAAAUUCUUCAUCAUAUCAGCGGAACGAUGUCUAAGCUCAGAAGAAUCCAGGGUGAAGCAGAUAGGAUUCUUGAAAGCAUCAUUGCUGACCACCGAGCUAGCAAGAGAGCAACAGUGGCUGGUGAUGAUCAAGAAGAUCUUGUUGAUGUUCUUUUAAGGCUUCAGGAACAUGGAAAUCUUGAAUUUCCCUUGACAACUGAUAAUAUUAAAGCUGUUCUUCAGGACAUAUUCGUUGCUGGAAGUGAGACAUCAUCAACAACAGUAGAAUGGGCCAUAUCAGAAAUGUUAAAAAAUCCAAGAACAUUGAAAAAGGCACAAGAAGAGGUAAGGGAACUCUGCAGUAAAAAAGCAAAUGUAGAUGAAACAGAUCUUCAAGAAUUAGAUUACUUAAAGUUAGUAAUCAAAGAAACGUUGAGAUUGCAUCCUCCCGCUCCGUUACUAAUUCCAAGAGAAUCGAAGGAGCAAUGUGAGAUUAAUGGGUAUAAAAUCCCAUCAAAAUCCAAAAUCAUCAUUAAUGCAUGGGCGAUCGGAAGGGAUCCAAAUUAUUGGCCUGAAGCUGAGACUUUUAAUCCCGAGAGAUUUCUCGACAACAACAUCGAUUAUAAGGGGAAUAAUUUUGAGUAUAUACCGUUCGGUGCUGGAAGGAGAAUGUGUCCUGGUAUUUCGUUCGGCAUAGCUAAUGUUGAACUUCCACUUGCACAACUUUUAUAUCAUUUUGAUUGGAAGCUUGCUGAUGGGCAAAAGCUUGAAAGUUUAGAUAUGGCUGAGUCGUUUGGUACUUCAGUCAGAAGAAAACAUGAUUUGCAGUUGAUCCCUAUUCCAUAUCAUCCUUCAUCUGUUUGAUGCUUGACAUGAUCAACAAGUUAUAAAAGGGCUUAACCCAUAUAGAGGUCUCUGUACUUUAUACAUUUUUUUUCUGUAGGUCCUUAUACUUUAUUUUUGUAUUAUUUGGUCCCUUUACUUACCUA